GAAAAUUGAAUUAUUUCGGAAUUACUAAACACUAGAUUCGAUAGAAGAAAAAAAAUAAUGGCUGAUCAGUAUACACGCAGAGUUCCUCGUCCUCGAAGCACCCUCGUACCAGGAAGACGUAUGACCGAAAUGAUGAUGCUCCACGAGGCGGGAAUCGAUGAAACUCUCAGCUACCUCGACGAGCCUUCUCAAGUCUCUACUAGGAACUCUAACACUGCGAUUCAAGCAUUCCCGGUAAUGAAUGGGAUUCGAGACUCUACUGAUGAGCAUCCGAUGCGCAGUCCAGCAAUGUCAUCGGAAGGAUCCCCUAGAAAUCGAUCAGGACGAGAUGUCGAAGUUCAGGACGACGAUGUUUUUGUCCCAAGUAUGGCAUCAACUCCAAUAUCGAAAAAGUCGAAGCUUCAUCCCAACCUGGCAAAGUCCAAGCUUGUCGAUCACUCCUGCUCUCGCCCAAAACGAAACCGAAUUCCUCCGUUGCGAUACUGGAUUGGAGAGCGACCGUUGUACAGAUAUGAUCAGAACUUCUGUCGAGAGUUUGUCGGGAUCUCGGAAGCCUUCAGUCCAAAAAGUCUGGAAAAUGCGGAAAAAGAGGAGCGUAAAGCGAGAACGAAGAGAUCGAAGAAGUCGAGAAAAAGAAAGAGAACCUAGAACUUAUUGAUCCACUUGUAAUAAAUCAUUUUCGGGGGAUCUUUGUAUCCCUUAUGUUC